UCGAAUUGUAGGGAGUAUCUUCAACCUGUUUGUUGUUUGUUGUUGGUCAGAUACGGAAAUAAGGGAACCUGCUAUGAAUUGUCUAGGAGAGUGUUUGGACUUAGGCCCGCCACCUGACACUAUUCUCUUUCUACCGCCGCCUCCUGUUCCUUCUUUCCUACAACAAUCGUUGCCAGAUCUUCUUCUUAAUACCACCCCAUGUUCGGCGGCGCAAAUCUGCGAAUCCUCGUCUGCUCCCAAUAGGGUUACUGAGGGAGAAGAUUACAUGGAGUUACCGAGAAAAGGAUGAACAUGCUAGGAAGCAACGAUUGCUCUUUGCACAGACAAAUGAAAAAUCAUGAACAGCGAGAUUGUUCUGGAAUUCCAAGUUUGAACAGUAGUAAAAUGGGACACCCCUCCGAAACCGUAUUGUACCACGGUACCAAUUUACACGACAAUAGAAUGGUGUGGGCAACGCUAACGCCACGAGGAACUCAGCAUUUCAUUUCGGAAAACUACCCUCCUGACCUUAUUGACUACGGAGAAACAGAAGAUCAUUACGAGACCAUCGACAGUAUUGAGGCAGUAGUGCCUCCUAUCAGUCAUCCAGUUUCUCACUAUCCCAAAGCAUUGGAAAACAGUUUUGACAAUUCUGGGUUCCUAGAUUAUGAAUAUGAAGACCCCACCCCGCUGAUAGAAAGCUACCAACUCAACAACAUGGAAGUAGACGCACAGUACCAAGUGAUUGGCAACACUGACAUGCGGUGCUCAAGCUUGAACACCAUGAGGAGAAGCCUGCCAAUUUCAAGACCAAGAGUUUCAUCCCCUACGAGAAUAGAACACCCCAAUUUACCACCGCUGAAUUUGUAUCCGCAUAAGGGAACUUUGAAAAAGAAUGCUACCUUGAGCUAUAAAGCUGUUGAUGGGGCGACAUUGCCCAAAUAUGGACUAUAAGUAUUUGAGAACUUCACUUUGAGGUUGAAUUUUUUUUUAAUCUGUAAAUGGUAGGUUUUCAGUCACUCAAUCCAUCUAAAAUAUUAUCAUGUUUAACUCACAUCUGUGAGAUUUACAGAUUCUCAUCCAUUAAUAGUAUUUAAUGAUAAAACAAUUUCUGACUACCAUUUUGUUAUUCAAAAUAGGAGACAAGGGCCUUUCAUUCAGUAAUAUUCGACCACAAAAUUACAGACUGCUUGGUUUACUAGGAUUUUCCGAGUGAGUGUAAUUCUGAGUCAAUACUCCAAAAUAUUCCAAACUUCAAAAAAAAAGUAAUGAUUUCGUUUUUUGUCAGAAUGUUGAUCGAUACUACAAUAAUUUUUCUGUUGACUUUUUCUACCGAUUAUAUUAAAAUUGAGAAUAUUAGAGCUAUAAAAGUGUUUCAAAUGAUCAAUAGAUUUUUUUCCAUAAUUACAAUAUGAAUAAUAAACAUAACAAUAAAUAUGUUCAGUUAAAAAUGAAGUAAUCGAAAAAUAAAUCUAAAACCAUGACAAUGCAAAAUUAAAAAAUAUACAACGGAAUUGGCCGA